GAGUGAAUGGCACAGCACCAAACCUGGAGACUGACUGGGGUGCUCUGUGCUCACCACUCCUGGUCUUUAAAAAUCACAACUUCACAAGUCUUUACAAGUGGGCUGCAGCUUAACUUCACAAGUCUUAACUAGCUUCAUAUCGCAAUGGCUAAUUCUGGCGCCGGCGUGUCCACGGCCCUCAUCCUCUUCUUCUUCUUCUUCUUCUUCUUCCUGGCCUCGUCAUCAUCGUUGGCCGAGGACGCCGUGCUUGGCCGGAAGGGUAACAUCGGCGCCGGGGAAGAAGAGGCUGCCAUCGUGAAGGCGGGACCGGAGAAGUACGCCGUGAUCUUCGACGCCGGUAGCACGGGCACGAGGGUGCACGUCUUCAAGUUCGACAGGAAGAUGGACCUCCUCAAGAUCGGCGACGACGUCGAGGUCUUCGCCAAGGUGAGUCCCGGGCUGAGCUCGUACGCCGGGCGGCCUCAGGAGGCGGCAAAGACAUUGCUACCUCUUCUCGACAGGGCCAAGAGCGCCGUGCCCUGGUGGCAGAUGAGCUUGACGCCAGUUAAACUAGGGGCGACGGCUGGAUUGAGACUCAUCGGAGAUGAGCAAUCAGAGCAGAUCCUUGAAGCGGUGAGAGAUGUCAUCUGGCGCAGGAGCAUAUUCCAGUACAACCCAAAAUGGAUCAAUGUUCUUGAGGGGUCUCAAGAAGGAUCUUACAUAUGGGUUGCCCUGAACUAUCUGCUGGAUAGAUUGGGAGGAGAUUACUCCAACACGGUAGGUGUGAUCGACCUUGGAGGUGGCUCUGUUCAGAUGGCAUAUGCAGUCUCUGCAAAUGCUGCAGCAAACGCUCCGGCAGUGCCUGAUGGCAAAGACCCUUACAUCACCAAAGAGUACCUCAAGGGCAAAGACUACAGCGUCUAUGUCCACAGUUACUUGUACUACGGUAACUUGGCUGCCCGCGUGGAGAUCCUGAAGGCGAGUCCCCGGCCGUUCAGCGACUGCAUGCUGCUCGGGUCCACCGGCAACUACACCUACAACGGCGAGGACUACCCGGCGGUGGCGGCGCCAUGGGGCGCGUCGUACGGCAAGUGCAGGAAGGAGGCCCGCCGGGCGCUGAGGCUGGACGCGCCGUGCAAGGCCAAGAACUGCACCUUCAAUGGCGUCUGGAACGGCGGCGGCGGCGCCGGGCAGAAGGAGAUCUACGCGGCGUCCUUCUUCUACGGCAAGGCGACGCAGGUCGGGUGGGUGGACAAGGCGGCGCCGAGCGCCAAGUCCAGCCCGGCGGAGUUCAGGGCGGCGGCGAAGGAGAUCUGCCCGCUGAGCUUGGAGGAGGCCAGGGCGGCGUUCCCCGGGGUGCGGGAGACGGAGUUCAUAUGCAUGGAUUUGGUGUACCAGUACACGCUGUUGAAGGAUGGUUUUGGGCUGCGGCGGCGGAGGCAGAUCACGCUGGUGGAGAAGGUGAAGCAUGGGGAGUUCUUCAUCGAGGCCGCGUGGCCGCUCGGGGAAGCCAUUGAGGCCGUCGCGCCCAAGAAGCGCCUCUCUCAGGAUUCUUGAUCUCGCGAGAGGGCGGCUCCAUCAUGGAUUCUGUAAUCUCUGCCGUCUAUAGCGAGAAAUAAUUGUGCCAUCGGAAAAAUGGACUAUGGCCAUCUCCUUCUCCAGAAAAAUAUAGCCAUCUCCGAGAUAUUAAUUCACAGUUGAAUGGGGAAUAUGUUUUUUUCGAAACGAUGAGUAAAGCUCGAUCUCUUUUUUUCGUCUC